CUCUCUUUCCCGUUUUCUAUAUAGAACAUUUUUGUCGCAAGUUUUCAUUUUAUCGUAUUUUGACGGAUGAGUCGUGCGGGGUCUUCAUCAUCCAUUCAGCAUGUGCAUGCCAACGGGGAGCUUAGUCUUUCGAGACAAAAAUCAUUGAACCAGAUGUUCCAGUCGGCUAUUCGACGACGAGCCAGACGAACCACUUCAGCAGGCACGGAAGGCGAACCCAGACCGGUUGUCGCACUUUCAAGGCAGCGGUCGUUAUCUGAUCUCGUUUCCAAAUGGACUCUGCCGUUCCGUGCUUCACCCCACCGCCCUUCCCCAUUGACGUCCGACUUUUCCUCAUCGAUGGAUGAUUAUGAGAUUGUGAAAACCAUUGGUUCAGGGGCCACGGCUCGUGUCUUCUCGGCCAUCCAUAAACCCACGCGGUCAAUGAUCGCCAUCAAGACCGUGAACCUUGAGCGGUUGGAUGGGUUUGAGGAUGGGGAUGCUCGCCUUGAAGCGCUUCGUAAAGAAAUCCAGAUCAUGACCCUAUGCCGCCAUAAACAUCUGCUGCCUGUUCAUCAAAGCUUUGUGUACUCAUCCCAAUUAUGUAUUGUUACACCAAUCAUGUCAGCUGGGUCCUGCUUGGAUUUGUUAGUCCGCUCGUACCAUGAAGGUUUAGCAGAAUCCUUGGUUGCAUGCAUCGUAAGACAAGUGACCCUCGGCUUGGAAUAUCUUCAUCAAAACGGUUUAGUUCAUCGGGACGUCAAAGCGGCCAAUCUGCUACUGGAUUGGGACACUGGCGUAGUGAAGCUAGCGGAUUUCGGUGUCAGCAACCAUUUGCUAAUGAUGUAUUCGCCGGUUCAAAACGAUAGGAUCGCUCGUCGUCCCUCAGAUCGUCGUCCAUCGGACCGCUCGAAAAUAUUCACUAACUCUAUUGAGUCUUUAAAUGACUCGUUCGAGUCCAUGCUCCUCCUGCCCUCUUUGGUUCCUAUUGCCUCCCACCAACAACACGAAUUCCCUUCACCGGUUCAUAUUUCUCCCGCCACAAUACAAGAAAACCCUAUCGAUACAUUCACAGAAAUAACCGAUGCACAAGGAAGCAAUUCCUAUCUACGUGUUCCUGGACGAACGUAUUCGACAGAUGAUGCGGCCUCGGGCGCCACUCGGCAGACCAAAAAGGCAGCGCGACGUUCAUUUGUUGGUACCCCUUGUUGGAUGGCUCCAGAGAUUCUUUUACACCAUCCUUAUGAUACCAAAGUUGACAUUUGGUCCCUUGGAAUUACCGCGUUGGAAUUGGCUUCGGGCGCACCACCAUUUUCUUAUCAAGAUCCAUUAAAAAUCUUUACUGCCAUUAUUGACGAUCCGGCACCUACUUUAAGUGAAGCUGGGUGUUCGUACCUUGGGUCCUCCAACUUUCAUCACUUUUUGGACCGCUGCCUGAUCAAAGAUUCAGAGACCCGAAUGUCGGCACAAGAAGCGCUGGCGCAUCCUUUUGUCCGAAAAGCAGCUAGCCCACACAACCUGGCACGCUACCUAGCUUCCAGGCCUGAAUUGGAUAUACGCAAACAUUUGCAGCGUACCUCUGAGCAGCAGUAUUACGAUUACAGAAACUCAUUUGACAGUAAUGAAAGUGAAGGUAUGGCGCAGGCGAUCGAAAACAAAAAAGAGCCUGUCAAUUCUCAUGACAUUCAUGCUCAAUAGAUGAGUGGAGUUUUUCGGCCAGUUACAGAGAGAAGUACGACGAGCUCAUCCAGCGACCGCCUCGAAUUACUACGUCGAGCAACGAAGACCUUGCCAGAGACGAUGCGUCCUGUAGCAGCCAGGAAGCGUCACCGUUGACCCCAGAAGAUGAAUAUUUGCUUCUACCAACAUCCUCCGAACCGCCCUUAAAAAUCUUUAUGACAAAAGUAGGUCAAAACAUGUGCGCUAUCCAUCAAAGACACGAGUAGACUACUAGCAUCAUUACCCAAUCAUGUCAAUAAAAUCACCUCGCUAUUUUCCGUCCCUCA